AUGGCCAUCGGUUGGCCGGCGUCGGAUGGGUGCACCUUGCGGCCUUUCCUGUUAAGACGUUCGAAGACCGGCGACCCGACGUCGGGUGCCCCUAACACCAUAGGAAUGGCCGAUGUCGGUGGGCCCCAUACUCAUCGGGCAGUCGAGGUCGGCCGGCCUCCCGCUCCGCCUCUUCAACCUCAGGGCGAAUUCAUUCGGUACCCAACAUCGGAUAUCUCCAUGAGCAUCGGGUGGCCGCGGUCGGGCUGCACGAUAUGCAUCGGACACGCCGAUGUCGGGCAGCCACACCAUCCGCCUUUCCAAUGUCGGCUGUCCCCUCCUGCGUCGGAUGGGUCGGCUGGCAGGGGGUCCCUCGGUUGGGUAAUGUCGGCGGUCUGCAUGACCAUAGGCCAGCCGAGACCGCAGGCCCCUGGGCUCACGCAGGGGCGCUCCGCUGCUCCCGCGAGCCUCCGUCCGUACCUGCUGACUCCGAAGCGCCCGCCCGACGCGUACUCCCUCCCGUCUGCCUUUCGAUUUAGCGUUCUCAUUGGCCAGCUCCUUGCGCAACACGCCGUCCAGUGGUCGCUUAACGCGCCUUACAUAUACUCGCCCGUCCUCCGCACCUCCAUCUCUUCCCCCACCCUUGAAGCCAUCAUGUCUUCCCCGCCCUCACCGGCUUUCCUCGCGGCCCCGACGGCCUUUGCUGCGCUUCCCCCGCCUUCAGAUCCCGUCGCGGGGGAUGGUUUUGCGGCCACCGCCUUUGGCGGCAACGCUGGUUCAGCAAUUGCUGCGGAGCCUGGUUUGCCGGCGCGCGACGCGCCUGAGCAAGGUCCUGCGACUGGGCCUGUUGCAGCGAGCCCGAUGGGCCUCGCAGGCGGCGCUCCUCGCGAGAUCUGGGAUGCGUCGCCUCCUCCGCAGUGGACCUGGCCGGCAUACCUGCGUCCGGACUACAACCGACCCUGGACCCGUGCCACGGUGUCGUUACGUGACCUCCUCCGCACCAUGAUAGAGCUGGUCCGCGACAUGCAGCCGCACUACCACGGCGACUCGCGCGGGGUGCCCGACCCGACGAACUCAAUACGAAGGCAUGCAACAGAUGCAAUCCGCGUGGGCCCCAUGGUCCACGUGUACAAAAUUCUCUGGCGGGAGAGGGGCCCUCCGCUCGUGUGGUCGAUGGUCGUCGUGGCGGCGCACCCGGAGCAGGAGGUGGUGCUUUAUCGAAUCGUGCACCACCUAUGGUCAACAAGCGGCAUGACGCACGCACCGGGAGCGUACGCGCCACCAGCGUGA